AUGGAGGGAAUCCCCUACGAUCCCGAGAUUGAAAGAACCCUAUGCAUACGCCUUAGAGCUGCUAGACAAGUGAGAGCUGAAACUGAAGAGAUGGCCGAACCAAGAACCAUGAUGGACUAUGCCAAACCAACCCUUACCGGGGCUGCUUUAAGCAUUGUAAGACCAGCCAUAUCUGCCAAUAAUUUUGAGAUCAAACCAGCCAUAAUUCAGAUGAUACAAAACACGGUUCAGUUUUGUGGCAUGGCUAAUGAAGACCCGAAUUCUCACAUAGCCAACUUCUUGGAAAUUUGUGAUACUUUCAAGCACAACGGGGUGAGUGAUGAUGUGGUUAGGCUCAGGUUGUUCCCAUUUUCAUUGAAAGACAAAGCUAAGACUUGGCUGAAUUCUUUGCCGGCUGGAUCUAUAGCAACAUGGGAUGAAAUGGCUAGCUGA